GCGCUGCGGUCGGUGUCGGCGCCGCGCGACCGGAGAUGGACUGUUUGGCCGCGGAGUUCGGGGGCCUCAGCGGCCGAGAACUGGCGGCCCCGGUCAGCACCGUGAAGGAAAAAUGGAAACUGCUUCCUGCUUUUCUAAAGGUCAAAGGCCUUGUAAAACAGCACAUUGACUCAUUCAAUUAUUUCAUAAAUGUAGAGAUAAAGAAAAUUAUGAAAGCGAAUGAAAAGGUCACCAGCGAUGCUGACCCAAUGUGGUACUUAAAAUACCUCAAUAUAUACGUUGGUGUUCCUGAUGUUGAAGAAAGUUUUAAUGUAACAAGACCAGUAGCUCCACAUGAGUGUCGUCUGAGAGAUAUGACCUACUCUGCGCCAAUCACUGUAGACAUUGAAUAUACGAGAGGAAGCCAGAGAAUAAUUCGAAAUGCACUACCUAUUGGCCGGAUGCCUAUAAUGUUACGUAGUUCUAACUGCGUACUUACAGGAAAGACUGCUGCAGAGUUUGCAAAACUAAAUGAAUGUCCUUUGGAUCCAGGUGGCUAUUUCAUUGUUAAGGGUGUAGAAAAGGUUAUUCUCAUUCAAGAACAGUUAUCGAAAAACAGAAUAAUCGUAGAGGUAGAUAGAAAAGGAACUGUUGGUGCUUCUGUGACAAGCUCUACCCACGAGAAAAAAAGUAGAACCAACAUCGCUGUGAAACAAGGAAGGUUUUACCUGCGCCACAAUACUCUGUCAGAAGACAUUCCCAUUGCAAUAAUAUUUAAGGCGAUGGGAGUCGAGAGUGACCAGGAGAUUGUACAGAUGAUUGGCACAGAGGACCAUGUGAUGUCUGCGUUUGGGCCUAGUUUAGAGGAGUGUCAGAAAGCUCAGAUUUUCACACAGAUGCAGGCAUUAAAGUAUAUUGGAAACAAAGUACGAAGGCAACGAAUGUGGGGAGGACCGAAGAAAACCAAGAUGGAAGAAGCACGGGAACUGCUAGCAUCAACUGUUCUUACUCAUGUGCCUGUCAAAGAAUUCAACUUUUGUGCAAAGUGCAUCUACACAGCUGUUAUGGUUCGCAGGGUAAUUCUAGCUCAAGGAGACAACAAAGUAGAUGACCGAGAUUAUUAUGGAAAUAAACGUCUGGAACUUGCUGGACAGCUGCUUUCACUUCUCUUUGAAGACUUGUUCAAAAAGUUCAAUUCAGAGCUGAAGAAGAUUGCAGACCAGAUCAUCCCCAAGCAGAGAGCAGCGCAGUUUGAUGUAGUCAAGCACAUGCGACAGGACCAAAUCACCAAUGGCAUGGUGAAUGCCAUCUCAACUGGAAACUGGUCUCUUAAAAGAUUCAAGAUGGAUCGCCAAGGUGUGACUCAAGUAUUGUCCCGUUUGUCCUACAUAGCUGCUUUGGGUAUGAUGACCAGAAUCUCCUCUCAGUUUGAAAAGACUAGGAAAGUGAGUGGUCCCAGAUCCUUGCAACCAUCUCAGUGGGGAAUGCUCUGCCCUUCAGACACUCCUGAGGGAGAAGCUUGCGGUCUAGUGAAAAACCUGGCACUUAUGACGCAUAUCACCACAGAUAUGGAGGAUGGGCCCAUUAUUAAACUAGCCUUUAAUCUGGGAGUAGAAGAUGUAAAUCUGCUGUGCGGUGAAGAACUUUCAUAUCCAAAUGUGUUCAUUGUAUUUCUGAACGGUAAUAUCUUGGGCGUAAUUCGUCACCAUCAGAAAUUGGUAAAAACAUUUCGUCUGAUGAGGCGAGCAGGAUACAUCAAUGAGUUUGUAUCAAUCUCUACAAAUCUGACUGAUCGCUGUGUUUAUAUUUCUUCUGAUGGAGGUAGACUUUGCAGGCCUUAUAUCAUAGUGAAGAAUGGAAACUCAGCUGUCAGAAACAAGCACAUAGAAGAGCUCACUCAAGGCUACAGGUCCUUUGAAGAUUUUCUUCAUGAAGGUCUUGUGGAAUACCUCGACGUCAAUGAGGAAAAUGACUGCUAUAUUGCACUUUAUGAGGAUAUGAUCAACAUAGAUACGACCCACUUGGAGAUUGAGCCGUUUACAUUACUGGGAGUUUGCGCUGGUCUGAUUCCGUACCCCCACCAUAAUCAGUCUCCAAGAAACACAUAUCAGUGCGCUAUGGGAAAACAGGCCAUGGGCACAAUUGGUUACAAUCAGCGCAAUCGAAUUGACACCCUCAUGUACCUGCUUGCAUAUCCACAAAAACCCAUGGUGAAAACCAAAUCCAUUGAACUGAUUGAAUUUGAAAAGCUGCCAGCUGGACAAAAUGCUACGAUUGCAGUAAUGAGCUAUAGUGGUUACGAUAUUGAAGAUGCUCUUGUCCUAAAUAAGGCUUCUUUGGACAGAGGUUUUGGAAGGUGUCUAGUGUAUAAAAAUGCAAAGUGCACGUUGAAACGCUACACCAACCAAACAUUUGAUAAAGUGAUGGGUCCAAUGCUGGAUGCAGCUACACGGAAGCCAAUUUGGCGACAUGAAAUUUUGGAUGCUGAUGGUAUUUCCUCACCAGGUGAGAAAGUGGAAAACCGGCAAGUGCUGGUGAACAAAUCAAUGCCAACAGUUACACAGACUCCCUUGGAGGGAACAGCUCAAUCUCAACAACCUCAGUUUCGAGAUGUCCCAAUCACCUACAAAGGAGCAACAGACUCCUAUAUUGAGAAGGUGAUGAUCUCCUCAAACUCGGAGGAUGCAUUCUUAAUCAAAAUAUUACUGAGGCAGACAAGACGUCCAGAGAUUGGUGACAAAUUCAGCAGCCGACAUGGCCAGAAAGGUGUCUGUGGUUUGAUUGUACCUCAGGAAGACAUGCCUUUCUGUGAUAGUGGAAUUUGUCCUGAUAUCAUCAUGAACCCACAUGGUUAUCCGUCCCGAAUGACGGUUGGGAAGUUGAUUGAGCUACUGGCAGGAAAGGCAGGGGUUCUGGAUGGCAGGUUCCACUAUGGCACCGCCUUUGGAGGGAGUAAAGUGAAGGAUGUGUGUGAGGAUUUAAUACGUCAUGGCUAUAACUAUCUGGGCAAGGAUUAUGUGACUUCUGGAAUUACAGGCGAACCUUUGGAAGCGUAUAUCUACUUUGGUCCUGUGUAUUACCAGAAGCUGAAGCACAUGGUGCUGGAUAAGAUGCAUGCAAGAGCUCGAGGUCCCCGAGCUGUUCUUACCAGACAACCAACAGAAGGUCGAUCUCGUGAUGGUGGCUUACGUCUUGGUGAGAUGGAACGGGAUUGCCUGAUUGGCUAUGGAGCAAGCAUGUUACUUUUGGAAAGGUUAAUGAUCUCCAGCGAUGCAUUCGAGGUGGAUGUUUGUGGACAGUGCGGGCUGCUGGGUUACUCUGGAUGGUGCCAUUACUGCAAGUCAUCGUGCCAUGUCUCUUCAUUGCGUAUUCCAUAUGCAUGUAAACUGCUCUUCCAAGAGCUUCAGUCUAUGAACAUUGUGCCCAGACUGAAACUGUCCAAAUACAAUGAAUGAAUCGCAAAAGAGAGCAAUAGCGAACAAGAAAGACACAGAAUUACGGAGAUGGCACAGAUUCAACUGGAAUACUUCUGGUCUAAAGAAUAUCAUCACUCUGGAGAGAGGCUGAAAUUUUCAAAUUUCACUUUUUAAAACACAGUCGGUCCUUAAUAUUUCCAUUUGAGCUCAAGUUGGCAAGAGAGGGAAGCAUACUUUAGUUGUGUUUAAUGAACUAAUAUAACCCAACAGCAAUGACUUGAGUUGCCGUUAUAAAUGAUGUCUGACCAUCUCUGUUUGACCAAGCAAACAAAACCAGUUCAUACAAGGCCUUGUUUGUUCAUUGAUAUUACUUUCACUGUCAAACAAGAAAAGAAGCUCAGGAUCAACAAAUGUUACCAGAACGAGUCAAAAUUAUUCUUUAGUGGUUCACGGCUAGGAAACUGUACAUUGAAAAUCAAGGUCAAAACGGCUCUUUUCAAAGAAGAGGAUUAUUUUGUUUUUCUUGUACAUUUCUACUGGAGUGCUGCUUUUUGUUGUAUAUUCUAUGAAAACUAGAAUAAAAGUAAGCUUAUUUUUAAAAAAA